CUCCGACGAGGAAACUCGCGAAUUUGGUCGUUGGCGUGGGAAAAGUGUCCUUUCAACGAUGAAAAUCUCAACGAAAAUCCUUUAAACAGUCGGUGUUCUGUGCGUUCGUGGUUUUUACAGGACACGCCGGACAAUGGAAGCGUCCUUCGGUCGUCGGAUAACCGGGGAUUACUGGAUAUUCUGGACGCGCUGGAUGAAUAGGUGGAGGCCGCUUCGGAGCCGGGCGGAUGGCAUGCGGGAUUAAUCGAAUCCUCCGAAGCCAGUCAUGGUGUUGAACACCGAGUGGGCACAAGUAGAAGUUAUAGAUCUAAUUAACGACGGUACUGGUUUAGCGUUCGGAAUAAUUGGAGGACGCAGUACCGGCGUCGUUGUGAAAACCAUCCUACCAGGUGGCGUUGCCGACAGAGACGGGCGGCUGCAGAGCGGCGAUCACAUCCUGCAAAUCGGCGAGGUCAAUCUGAGGGGGCUCGGGUCCGAGCAGGUGGCUUCGGUGCUGAGACAGUGCGGCGUCCACGUCCGCAUGGUCGUCGCCAGACCCAUCGAAUCCGCCAACGCGGAUUUCCAGCAUUUGGGUAGCCUAGCGCCGAUCGUUCCGACGAAAAUCCUGGGCGAUCCGGUGGAAUUGGAUCGGCAUCUGAUCGAAAACGGUUACGGCGAAGCCUUCGCCUACCAUCCGGCUCCGUCCGAUUUCCACGGGGGGCCUUACAUAUACACCGGCCACCACCAUUCGGAUCUGCAGUUGCACACCAUGGUCAACCGCCUGGCCGUGCCCUAUCUGACGAGGGUCGAGGUGCAGAACAACUUCCCGAAGACGGUGUCGAUGAACGUGGCGCUGCGCGAGCCCGACCUGCCCGAGACCGAGAUCUACGAGGUGGAUUUGAAGAAGGACGACCUCGGCCUGGGGAUCACCGUCGCCGGAUACGUGUGCGAGAAAGAAGAGAUUUCCGGCAUAUUCGUGAAAAGUAUCAGCAAAGGAAGCGCCGCUGAUUUGACGCAAAACAUCCAAAUUAACGAUAGAAUUAUAGAGGUGAAUGGUGUUUCACUAUCAGGCUACACCAACCACCAGGCGGUGGAGUGUCUACGCGCCGCCGGCUCGGCCGUCAAACUAAAACUAGAACGCUACUUAAGAGGCCCCAAAUACGAGCAACUCCAGCAAGCCAUCAAAGCCAACGAACUCAGGCCCCCGUCGCCCCCAUCUCCGACGCUCACCUCUCUGCCCAAGGUGCCCAUCAACACCGCACAAAUGGACUGCUCGGGCAUCGAGCCCGACGGCGAAUCCCGCACCAGCUUCGAGUUCGACUCGGCCCUUCUGCUGGAGCACGACGCGCUCACCAACGAGGAGAAGGAGAUCCUCAUCGGCGGCGAGAAGGUCGCCCUGCAAUUCACCGUCGACAGCCCCGACAGCGUGUACGAGAAGUGGCGGAGCCUCUUGGGCGACGACCCGGAGAUAAUCAUCGCCCGGAUGCGAAAGGAGCGCUCCAGCGGCUUGGGCAUCAGCUUGGAGGGAACGGUGGACGUGGAGGGCGGCAAGGAGGUGCGACCCCAUCACUACAUCAGGAACGUCCUGCCCGACGGGCCGGUCGGGCAAAACGGCGUGUUGCAAUCCGGCGACGAAUUACUCGAAGCGAACGGCGUCCAGUUGCUCGGCUUGAACCACCUGCAAGUCGUGGCGAUACUAAAACAACUACCCGAACGCGUGAGCCUCGUUUGCGCCCGCUACCCAUUUCCCACGGGCGUGAUCGACACGUCGCAACGCAGAGAAGCCUUCAGAACGAGGAAGAUACUAGCGUGCAGUCUACAAACGCUCAUCCCCAUCAACGAGAGCAACCGGCUGGUCAAAGCGAAAUCGGAGACCUCCAUCACGUCGGGCGCCGCCAGCCCAACGCCCAGCAGAUCCAGGUCCCUGGACCCCAUGGAAACGCUCCCCAUGUGGCGCGACGAGCCCACCGUGGUCGAAUUAAUCAAAGGCGACCACGGGCUCGGCUUCUCCGUCCUCGACUAUCAAGAUCCGCUGGACCCCGAUGAGACGGUGAUCGUGGUGCGAUCGCUGGUGCCGGGCGGGGUGGCCCAGAGGGACGGCAGGCUGCUGCCCGGCGACCGGCUGGUGUCGGUGAACGAGGCGAACGUGGAGCGGGCGCCGCUGGACGCGGCCGUGCGGGCGCUGAAGGGGGCGCCGCGGGGCGUCGUGCGAAUAGCGGUGGUGAAGCCGGCGAGCGGGGGCGGCGGCGACGCCGGCUCGCGGACCAGCCAGGACACCGAAGACGACCACACCUGCCUGGAGGACUUCCAGGAGUGCAUCGAGGAGUUCCAGGAGUGCCUGGACGCGGUGCACAUCUGCAUCGAGGACGAGAACUCCCUCAGCCAAUCCUGCAUGUCCGAUUUGGGCGGCUCCGACGGCGCCGCGACGCCCAAAAUCGACCCCGAUCCGGCCCCAAAGCCGGCCGACCGGGCCCGGAUCAAGAGCGACAGCGCCGCGACGCACAGCGAAAAGGACGACUACGAGACCUGCGUCGAGGAGUCGCUCUCCGACGACGUCACCGCCGUCAAAGCGACGCCUGAUGAUGCACCGUCGGACCGAAACGGCGAGGCCACGCCGACCAAUUCGACCGUUAACGUCCUCGAAACUUGUUCGCAUGUACCUGACCUAAUCCAUAAGACUUAUUUUAAUUCAGAAAAUCUAGUUAUACCGGAAGAGCUCGUCACCGAACCGAUUUACCACGAUGAAGAGCCGAAAAUAUUCGAGAACAGAUCGGUGGAUCCCGGCGACGAAUUCCUGCUGGUCCAAUACCCUUCGAAUCGACCCGACGAUAUCCUGGACACGUGCCAAAUCCCUUCCAAGAAAAUCUAUAGGAAAUGUCUCAAAGAGUACUACAACGACUACGCCGACUGCUUGGAGGCCUACAACGUCGCGACGCCGCGCGAUAAGGCCGAAAUGCCCGACGACGACAUCUUCUGCGACCUGGUGUUGCCUUUCAAGAGCCGAUCGGCUCCGGACAUCGCCGACGGCUCGUUCGUAACGUUGACCUACGAUCCCGGACCCGACAUGGCCCGAAGGAAGUCCUCUUUCCUGCCCGGCUGCCAACCGCCCGAAGCUGAGAUGACGGUUAUACGUCCGCUGGAGGUCGACGUGAAGGGAUGCCAAGUCGAAGAUAUGCUGCAGAAACAUUGGGGAUCCGUGCACACCGCGAGGAUCUUCAGGGAGCCCAACAGGAGCUUGGGCAUCAACAUCGUCGGAGGGAAGGUCGAUUUGCAAUCGAGCAAAAGGUCGUCCGAAACGCUAUUGGGCAUUUUCGUGAAGAAUGUAGUGCCGAACAGCCCGGCCGAUAAAUCGGGAAAAUUCAAGACGGGCGAUAGAAUAUUGGAAGUCAGCGGAGUGGAUUUGAGAGAGUCCAGCCACGAAAAAGCCGUCCAGGCCAUUCGAAACGCCUCGAAUCCGGUCACAUUCGUCAUACAAUCGAUCGUACCUCGCUUACAGAAGACCUCCGACCAGCAACUGAACCACGCCGAAUGCCCGUCGCCAUAUCCGUCUCCCGUCAGCACCGAAUCCUCGACGAGCGUCCCGCAAAACGACGCGGAAAACUCGAUUUCCCGCGAGAAAAUCGACGCCGACGUCCGGACGACGCCCGUCCGCCGACCGGACGAACCUCCGAAGGAAACUAGGAGCGAUAAGGAAGACGAGGACGCGGCGAAGGCGAGGAAAAUCGAGUCGGACAGCGACGAGGAAGAUGAUGAUGACGAUGAUGAUGUCAGAGAUCUGGAAGGAAGGACUGUAUCGGCCAAAGGACACGCUAUUGAUCGAGCCAGCGCCGGGAACGUGCGAAGGACCAAGGACGAAAUAGCGGCCGAUAAAGAGGAUGAGGACGAAUUCGGCUAUACGACGAACAAAGUGCGCAAGAAAUACGCGAACUUGGGCCACAGCGUUCUGAUGGUGCAGCUGGAGCGCUCCAAUCAAGGACUCGGCCUCAGCCUGGCCGGGCACAAGGAUCGCAAUUGCAUGGCCGUCUUCGUUUGCGGCCUCAAUCCCAAAGGGAUGGCCCACAAAACGGGCACCAUACAAAUCGGCGAUGAAAUUCUCGAGGUGAACGGCGUGGUAUUGCACGGCAGGUGCCACUUGAACGCCUCCGCCAUCAUUAAAGGCCUAUCCGGACCGAUAUUUAAAGUGGUUAUAUUGAGGCGAAAAACUGCCAUCGAUGAUAUCGCUGUCAAGCCCAUUACGCAGUUCCCUGUUUCGCUGGCAGAGGAGGCCUCCGAAGAACAAUUUAGUGCAAGCUAUCCGAAUGUGCGCACGGUCGCUAUCAAAAAGCAAUCGAACCAGAGCCUAGGCAUUAUGAUUAUCGAAGGGAAACACGCCGAGGUGGGGCAAGGCAUUUUCAUAUCCGAUAUCCAGGAGGGCAGUUCGGCGGAAAAGGCUGGUCUCGAAAUCGGCGAGCUCAUUUUAGCUGUGAAUAAGGAUUCUUUAGUCGGUUCCAAUUAUGAAACGGCGGCGAAUUUGCUGAAGAGAACGGAGGGCCUGGUGACGCUGGUGGUGUCGAAUCCCGGUAAAAAAGAUAGCGCAUCGUCCUCAACGCCUAACACAACGAUUUCGUCCAAUAACGCAAUUGUAGAAACUAAUAAGAAUGCUCUUUCUAAACCUUCCAACCUAAAGCCCUCUGCACCGUCGUCUCGACCCACUACGCCCGUACCUGAACCCAUCGCCGAUCCUCUUACAUGUCAAAUAAACCCCGGCAGGGAGACCACCGUGGAAGUGACGACUGAAAACAAGGGCCUCGGGUUGUUCUUCGUCGGAGGAAAGGAUACUCAGAUUCCGAACGGCGUAAUCAUAGUAGAAGUUUAUCCGGGAGGAAUGGCCGAAAAAGACGGAAGGCUCCAGCCGGGCGACAACGUCCUGGAGGUGAACGGUACGUCCUUGAAGGACGUCUCUCACACCGCCGCCUCCCAAGCUCUUCGACAAACACUGCCAAAGAUGAAAAUGAUCGUGUACCGACCUAGCGCGAUCGAAUACACGCCUAUCGAAGCCGAUUUAAUUAAGAAGCCCGGAAAGGGACUAGGUAUAAGUUUCGUAGCUAGAAAAUCCGGCAAAGGGAUAUACGUAGCAGACAUUAUUAGCGGUGGUAUAGCGGAAUUGGACGGUAGAAUAGCCAAAGGGGAUCUUCUGGUGUCCGUGAACGGGCAGAGCUUGGAGAAUUCCGGCGGAGACGAAGCAGGGGCCAUAUUAAAGACUGUAUCGGGAAAGGUUUCGUUGAAACUGAACAGAUACAAACCGUCGACGAGAUAAUUAGUAGUUUUUCUAGAAAAAAAUUAAUUAAGAAAUUAAAAGAGCCGUUAACGAAGCGUUCGAAGAGUUGAAAAUUCGAUUUAUGAUAUUUGAAAAAAAAAUUUUUAUGACGAAUAUAAUGUUAUAUAUUAGAGCUCAUGAUAUUUUAGUAGACAUGUUUGAAUUAAGAUGCGAGUUUUCCGAACUCCCUUUAUCGCGUAUAAAACUUUAUGUUUUACUCGUAGACAUCUAACGGGAAUACCUAUACCUAUUUCUAUAUUUACAGUUUUUGAUUUAUGCUAGGAUUAAUAACGACGUAAUAAAACAUAAAAUUUUAUAUCAACUUAUACGAAUUUUAUACCUAUGGGAAAUGAAUAAUAUAUUCUUAACGUUACUUUGACCUACUAAAAUAGAAUUGUUCAUAUAUAAUUAUUGUUAGAUUAAAAUUAUAAUCAAAUUUUAAUGCAUAUUAUAUACCUAUUAAUCUCGUCAAUUAGAAUUAAUUUAAUCGACUAGGGAAGAAUUAUUUCGUUGAUCUGGAAAUUUCGUUUGAUCGAUUUGAGUGCCUAAGCCAAGUGAUUGAACGACGAAAACAUGAUAUAAUAUUUUACUGUUGAAAUUCUAAAAUAUCUAUAUGUUAUUAAAAAAACGAAUAAUUCAUUAUUAUAGAAACAAGAGGGCCAUAAAAAAACUGGAAUUAUGCGAAUAAAUUUCGUUUCAGUCUUUUCACAUUUGUUGCAUUUAUUGCAUUUAAAAAACACUAGGUAUACAUUAAUCUAGUCAAAUUUACUUGUUGGAUUUAAAAUGGUUAUCUGGAAAUUAUUUCACACCAAACCAAUCGAUUAAAUCAUAAAUUUUAGACAAUAAUUAUCCAAAAACUAAAUACACAGUGUACAUAAAGUAUAUUAAAGCACUUUUUGUAUUCGGUGCAUUAUUGUUGCACAAAAAUUUCAGUAAAUCGCGUAGGUAACCAUUUUAAACAAAUAAUAUACAGUGCAUUUAUUGUUGUUACUUAAUUUAUCUCUAUAUAUGUAUUUAGUGAAUAGUAUACCUGCUUAAAUUGUGAUAUAUCUAAUUAUAUUUCAUAAAAACUCGAAUUAUUUCUAUUUAAAAAUGAAGUGUAUGUCCUAACCUAGUGAUUUAGUCGCUCCAAUUUUAGUCCGAAGUUAUUGCGGUGGUAUCGCAAUAAUUCGGAUAAAACAGAGUUAAUUAGACACCCGAAACACACUGUACAAUAUAAAUAAAAAAAGAAUAGAUAAUUAGCGGUAAAAAUUAAUUUAUAAUUAGGAGAAAGUUCACACAGGGUUGUGUGUACCAAAAUACUUUUUAGAUAAUACGUUUGCGAUUCCUUAGAUGUUAGUUUAUUAUAUUAUAUUGAACAGACUGUAAUAACUUGUAUAUAGGUACCUAUACUAUUGAAAAGUUCACUACAUAUUUACUAAAUAUAUAGAAUGUAUUUUGUAAAUAGCGUUAUGCGAUGUUGCAUGCUAGAAUUUUAAUAAAAAUUCACUUUAUCUCUUGCUAAAUAAUUUCGUGUUAUUUAAGAAUUCC